CGCGCGCCCCAUCCUCCCUCCCCUCCCCCUCCCCCCCCCUCCGCACGGCCCCCGAGGCGCCGCCGCCGGCGCAUCCGCACCCGCAUCCGCAUCCGCCGACCUCCCGUCCGUCCGUCGCCGGCGUCCCCGAUAUUGCCAGGAGCGCCGAGGGGUGUAACGGCACGCCGGGUUGCAUGGACGGAUAAUGCCAGAGCUGCGAAGUGGUGUUCGGAGAGCUCGUCUGAGGUCCAGCAGGCUUGAAGACAUCCAGGCUGCAGAUCAGGUAGCCGCUCCCGUGUUGCCAGCUCCCAGGGGGAGGGGUGGGAGGCGUGGUGGUGGUGCAGCUGGCAGAGGCAACAAGAAAGCAGCUGCCACGGGAAGAGGAAGGCCAGCUCCAAAGGCUAGAGGAAAGAGGGUCGAGGCUAUUGACUUGACUGACCAGCCUUUUGAGGACAUCCCUGAAGCUAUCGUUGGAGAGGCAGUUGCAGUCACCGCCCAGCAGGACCUUGCUUUGAACAAGGUAGCUGACAGGGCCGCCAACUUCAAAAUGGAAGGUGCAAGUGGUGACAGACUUGCAGCAGCGGAAGAUGAAGCCACGACGACGCCUGUGCCUGAGAGGGUUCAAGUUGGUGGCUCUCCAGAAUAUAUAACUGAUAGGAAGUUGGGCAAAGGUGGAUUUGGCCAGGUCUAUGUUGGCAGAAGAAUAACUGGUGGGGCAUCUCGUACGGGUCCAGAUGCAUACGAGGUUGCACUCAAACUCGAACAUCGGAGAAGCAAAGGAUGUAGUUAUGGCCCCCCGUUUGAGUGGCAGGUUUAUCAGUCUCUUAAUGGUUGUUAUGGCAUACCAUCAGUCCACUACAAGGGUCGCCAGGGAGACUACUACAUUCUCGUAAUGGAUAUGCUUGGUCCUAGCCUCUGGGAUGUUUGGAAUUCAAUGGGACAGGCGAUGUCUUCUCAUAUGGUUGCUUGCAUUGCCGUUGAGUCCAUAUCAAUCCUUGAGAAGCUUCAUUCCAAAGGCUUUGUCCAUGGAGAUGUAAAGCCAGAAAACUUUUUGCUUGGUCAACCUGGAUCACCUGAUGAGAAGAAGCUUUUCCUAAUUGAUCUUGGUUUAGCAUCCAAGUGGAAAAAAGCAUCAUCCAGUCAGCAUGUUGAAUAUGACCAGAGGCCAGACAUCUUUAGGGGAACAAUUAGAUAUGCUAGUGUCCAUGCUCAUUUAGGCCGUACAGGCAGUAGAAGGGAUGAUUUGGAGUCACUAGCGUACACCCUUAUUUUUUUAAUAAGAGGAAGAUUACCUUGGCAAGGCUUUCAGGGAGACAACAAGAGCUUUCUUGUAUGUAAGAAGAAGAUGGCUACCUCUGCGGAUGUUCUGAGUUGUUUCUGUCCACCUCCAUUCAAACAUUUUCUUGAGAUGGUCACUAAUAUGAAAUUUGAUGAAGAGCCAAAUUAUGCAAAACUUAUUUCUCUCUUUGAUAGUCUGAUUGAAGUGCCUGCUUCAAGACCCAUCAGAAUUGAUGGUGCUCUAAAGGUUGGGCAGAAACGUGGAAGAAUGGUUGUAAAUCUUGAAGAAGAGGAACAGCCUAAGAAGAAAGUUCGGUUGGGGAGCCCAGCAACUCAAUGGAUUUCGGUUUAUAAUGCUAGGCGGCCCAUGAAGCAGCGAUACCACUACAAUGUAGCCGAUUCAAGGUUGCACCAGCAUAUAGAAAAAGGCAAUGAAGAUGGCUUGUACAUUAGUUGCGUAGCUUCUUCAGCAAAUUUUUGGGCUCUCAUAAUGGACGCUGGGACCGGGUUUGGUUCUCAAGUGUAUGAGCUUUCACAAAUUUUCCUGCACAAGGAUUGGAUUAUGGAGCAAUGGGAAAAGAACUUCUAUAUAACAGCAAUAGCUGGAGCAACCAAUGGAAGCUCAUUGGUUGUGAUGUCCAAAGGAACUCCGUACACACAGCAGUCAUACAAAGUCAGUGAAUCUUUUCCUUAUAAGUGGAUUAAUAAAAAGUGGAAAGAAGGUUUUCAUGUAACAUCCAUGGGUACUGCUGGGAACCGUUGGGGAGUUGUCAUGUCGAGGAAUGCGGGCUACUCUGACCAGGUUGUAGAGUUGGAUUUUCUGUAUCCAAGUGAAGGACUCCAUCGGCGAUGGGAGAGUGGUUACAGAAUAACUUCAUCCGCAGGCACACCUGACCAAGCUGCUUUUAUCUUGAGCAUACCAAAGAGGAAGCCACUGGACGAGACCCAGGAAACCCUUCGAACUUCUGCCUUCCCCAGUAACCACGUGAAGGAAAAGUGGGCGAAGAACCUGUACAUCGCCUCAAUCUGCUACGGGCGAACCGCGUGUUGACGGCGUACUUGAGCUCGUUGGCGAAAUCACCCGAGUUUUAUGACUGGAGCCAGAAGAGAGUUCGAGACGGGACAAACUCAGCGUCAACCUUAUUAUCUAGGUUUCGAGCGCAAUUGGCUGGGCACUGGCACUGGCCCGGCCUCUUUUGGUUGGCGGCACGCUAUUCUAAUUGUAAAGAAUCUCGCGAAGAUCCUUGGUGUUGUUGUAUCAGUCCUCAUCGGAUGGAUAUGAACCUGUUGAUAAGCGAAGGUCAUAUUAUUGGCAGAUUUGCUGUUGCUCA